AUGUCCAAUGCAUGGAACCAGACUCGUCGGAUGAAAAGAUUAGCAGUGGGUCCAAUGAAAACUCCUGAGUAUAAUGAAUGGAGAAAUGCAGAAUUAGAAAAGAAGAUAGAGCAAAUGGAAGAAGAAAAGAUGAACUUGAUAUUAGAUGCAGAUGUUCAGAAACUCGAGGCAGAAAGAUUAAGAAAAGGGAAAACUAAAGCCGAAGAGGAUCUAGAUAGCUUGAAGACAGAUUAUAAGAAGCUGUGCUUAUCGAUGAGAACUGCCGGGUUGGGACAAACUUCAGAGCAGUGGCGUGAAAAGAUUCAAGUAGAAAAGAAUAAGACCGAUAGAUGGGAAAGGAAAUUUCAAGAGGUCCAGGCACGAAAUGAGGCUCUAGAGAAGAGUUUGUUAGAGAAUCGAAAGAAAAAAAGGCGAACUAAAUGA